CUCCCUUCUCCCCGGGAUCUGGUCUCUUCUCCCCCGGCUCCAGCUUCCCCUUCUCCCCGGGAUCCUCUUUCUUCACCCCCGACUCCAGCUUCCCCUUUUCCCCCUUCUCCCCGGGAUCCUCUCUCUUCUCCCCCGGCUGCGGCUCCCCCUUCCCCUCUCCCGGGGCCACCUGUAUCCCGGUCCUCUCUGCUGGAGCAGCUGUCCAGGGGUCCCCCGGUCUCUCCCCUCCCCUGGAGCAGGAGGGGAUCCCCUUCUCCGCUCAGCUCUGCUGGGACCCCGCAGGGCCCCAGCCCCCGAGACAUGCAGCAGGGACAGCUCCGGGCGAGGUCCUGACUCCCCUCCUCGCCCCCUUCUCCCUCCCGCCCUCCGUGGCCGACCCCCAGCCCACUCGGGACCCCCCGCCCCCGUCGGAGAGUUAGGGGUCGGCAUGUCCCGGAAUACUUCUCUUAGCUUCCGCGUGGUGGAGGGGAGAGACCUGCCCUCCAAAGACGUCUCUGGCAGCAGCGACCCUUACUGCCUCAUCAAGGUGGACAACGAAGUUGUGGCCAGGACUGCAACGGUGUGGAGGAGUCUGAAUCCGUUCUGGGGGGAGGAGUUCACACUGCACCUGCCCCUCGGCUUCCACCACCUGGCCUUCUACGUGCUGGACGAAGACACCAUCGGCCACGAUGACAUCAUUGGCAAGAUCUCGCUGAGCAAGGAGGCCAUCGCGGCGGACCCCCGAGGGGUCGAAGGCUGGAUUAACCUGAGUCGGGUGGACCCGGACGAGGAGGUGCAGGGGGAGAUCCACCUGGCCGUGCAUCUGCUGGAGGAACCUCAGGGGAAGAAGCUGCGGUGCCACGUCAUCGAGGCCAGAGACCUGGCUCCCAGGGACAUCUCUGGCACCUCAGACCCAUUCGCCCGCCUGUUCUAUGGCAAUCAGAGUGUGGAGACAGCUGUCAUUAAGAAGACCCGGUUCCCACACUGGGAUGAGGUACUGGAGCUGGAGCUGUGGGGUGAGGAGGCUGUGGGGGCUCAUCUGCGCUUGGAGGUCUGGGACUGGGAUCUAGUAGGAAGGAAUGACUUCUUGGGGCAGGUGGAGUUCACCCCAGAAGUGCUGCAGCACUCACCCCCCAAUGGCUGGUUCCGCCUGCUGCCUUUCCCUAGGCCUGAGGAGGAUGCAGGAGGUCGGCUGGGGGCCCUGAGGCUGAAAGUGAAGCUGGUGGAGGACCGAGUGCUGCCCUCUGUGUGCUACCAGCCCCUGCUGGACCUGCUGGCGGAAUCCAUCCUGGGUUCUGCAGAGGAGGGGGCUCCGACACCACUGACGAUGCUGGAGGAAGUCAGCUCUCCGGACAGCCUUCAGGAUGUGGCCACCAACCUCCAGGACGUGGCCACGAACCUGGUGAAGAUCUUCCUGGGCCGGGGCCUGGCCGUCCCCCUCCUUGACCACCUCAACCUGCGGGAAGUCACCCGCACCACUGACCCCAACACGCUCUUCCGCUCCAACUCCCUCGCCUCCAAAGCCAUGGAGCAGUUCAUGAAGGUGGUGGGGAUGCCUUACCUGCACGCCGUCCUCAAGCCCAUCGUCACCCGCAUCUUCGAGGAGAAGAAAUACAUCGAGCUGGACCCCUGCAAGAUGGAACUGACCCGCACGAGGAGAAUCUCCUUCAAAGGCUCCCAGUCCGAGGAGCACGUGCGGGCGAGCAGUCUGGAGCUGCUAACGGGCUACCUGCAAGAGACUCUGGAAGCCAUCGUAGGCUCAACCGGCCUCUGUCCCCCCGUCAUGCGCGCCGCCUUCAAACACCUGUACCAGAGGGUGCAGGACCAAUUCCCGGAGCCAGAGCACGAGGACGUCAAGUACGUGGCGGUCAGCGGCUUCCUCUUCCUCCGCUUCUUCGCUCCGGCCAUCCUGACCCCGAAGCUCUUCAACCUCCGCGACCAGCACGCAGACCCCCAGACCGGCCGCUCCUUGCUUCUCCUCGCCAAGGCUGUACAGAGCAUCGGGAAUAUGGGCCAGCAGCUGGGCGCCGGCAAGGAGCAGUGGAUGACCCCUCUGCACCCGACCCUCCUCCGAGGCACCGCACAGGUGAAAGACUUCCUGGACCAGCUGGUGGACGUGGACCCGGAGAGUGGCGAAGAAGUGCAGCCGCGGGUGCUGGUCCCCCCGUCGGUGACCCUGAAGGAGGGCUACCUAUUCAAGCGCAAGGCCGAGGGCGUCAGCCUCAUCACGCGCUUCACUUUCAAGAAGCGCUACUUCUGGCUCAGCGGAGAGGCUCUGUCCUACUCCAAAUCUCCCGACUGGACGGUGCGUUCCUCCAUCCCGGUGCGGCGGAUCUGCGCGGUGGAGCGCGUGGACGAUAACGCCUUCCAGCAGCCGUAUACGAUGCAGGUCGUCACACUGGAUGGGGAGGGGCAGCUGAAGACCCUCUACCUGCAGUGCAAGAAUGUGAACGAGCUGAACCAGUGGCUGUCGGCCCUCCGCAAAGCCAGUCUCUCCAACGAGUGCCUGCUUCCCGCCUGCCACCCCGGGGCCUUCCGCGGACACCGCUGGACCUGCUGUCUCCAGGCUGACCGCACGGUCCAGGGCUGCAGCCGCACGCACUCGGCCGUGACCCUCGGGGACUGGAGUGACCCGCUGGAUCCCGACGCCGAGGCUCAGACGGUGUAUCGGCAGUUGCUGCUGGGGAGAGAAAUGCUCAGGAAGAAAUACCUCGAGGUUUCCGACGUUGAGCAGGAACAGGGACAAAGUCAGAGGGCCGACGAGGGAGAAGCCCGGUCUCCUCCCAGCCAGGCUGAAGUCGUAGCUGCCCGCUUGCUGGACGUGGUCAGGGAUCUGGAGCGUGCUCACCAGGCCUUCGAGCAGCAGGAGGCAGGGGAGGUGGCCGGCCACUCUCCGAGCACGGCCUAGUGGCAAGAAC